AUGUCCGCCAACCCUUCCCCCCCACCACGCACCGGCAGCGCCAACAACAACACCACAGUCGGCCGCUACUUCGAGCCCUGCGCCGCGACAGCGUCCAUGUUCCUCUACGCGCAGGGGACCUCGGUCGUAUGCUGCCACUACGACACGCUGGCGAUCGAACGGCGGUUUGCGCGGCACGCGGAGGAGGUGCAGCUGGUGGCGGUGGAUAAUCACAGUGAUAUUGGAGCGGGGAGGUUGGUGGUGAGCUAUGAUGCGGGGCAGACGGCGAUUGUGUGGGAUUUGUUGACGGGGGAUGAGGUCGCAAGGUUUGCGUCGUAUGAGAAUUUGACGUGUGCUGCUUGGAUGCGGAAUGGGAAUGUGGCUUUUGGUAACUCACAGGGCAACGUUAUCCUUUUCGAGCCGACGACAUCAGAACACCUGUCGGCGCGGACGAUCGACCAGAUUGCGAUUACGGCCAUCUCACCGGCGGCCGACUGCCGGACGUUUGCCAUCGGCUACCAAAACGGCUCCCUCCUCAUCGCCACUCUCCAACCACGCUUCACAAUCCUUCACAACCUGACCACCUCCCGCGGGCCGUCACCGAUCGUGACGCUCUCGUGGCACGCGUCGUCGGUGCGGUCCAAGUCGGACAUGCUGGCGGUGCAGACUAAUGAUGGUGACUUGCGGGUGUGGAGCGUAUCGAAGGCGUACAGCUCGGACGACCCGGCCAAGAUUGUGCGGAUUCUGAAAAGGACAGAGAAUUAUCUGACGGGGCCGAAUUGGAUGGGGUGGUCCAAGAACGGGAGGAUUGUGCAGUUUUCUGAGGCAGAAACAAUCUCAUGGGACGUCCGCACGAAACACGUCACAUACGACACGAUCCCAACGCUCGAGGCUAUCCGCGGACUGGCUGUGUACGGCCCCGGCGCGGCGUUGUUCACGCUCGGCCCGCACAACACAGUGCAGCAGUUCGACCUCAACUCCCCCGCCAUGAUGGUGCAGAACGUGCAACACCCGGCCAACCUGCUGCCUCCGUCGCCGCCCAUCUCGCUGGAAGACAAGCAGCAGAGCCUGGACCAGCAGGUGCUUGCGGGUACUCCUGAAAUUAAUAACACAGACGUGCAGAUUGCGUUCCGGCCGAGUGACAUGGACCAUCAUGGUGUGGAUGACCGCUCGCCGCUGGCUCGGUUCCUCCAGCAGAGCGAUCGGGAGUCGUCGGACACAGAGGCGUACCGGCCGACGACGCCGGCGUCCAACAUCUCGCGGUCGACGGUGUCGAUCUCGUCGUCGACGUCGCAGCAGGCGGCUCGGCGAGGAGGAGGAGGUGGUGUUGGGUAUGCCGAGUCAAUGGUAUCGCGGGGCAUGACGGAGAACACGUACAUCUCGGCCGGGUCAUCGCUGCGGUCGGGGGUUGCGCCGUCGUCGCGGCUAAGGGGGUAUUCUCAAACUCAGGGGUCGCAGAGACACAAUCAGCGGGAGUCGAUGUCGACGACGAGCUCGAUCUCUGUCGGGAGCAGCGCUGCGCAGGGAGGCCACCAGUACCACAGCACGGCGCGACGGCCAUCUCGACUACGCAAUGAGAUCCCGCAAAGCCCGGACGUGUCCCAGUCCCGCUCGCAGUCUCACACCCCUCAACAACAACCACCACAACCACCACAACCCCAACAACCCCGGGCAACCGACCUCUUCCAAUUCACCAAAUCCCGCCUGGCCGACGUCCCCUACAAAGCCCCCUUCUCCUCCGACCCCAGCCGGCUCACCAACGACGACCUGCGCAAACAAAUGCUCAGCACCAUCUUCGGCUGGCACCGCGACGUCGACGAACUAGUCCGCGACGAAAUGGCGCGCCACCCACCCGGCUCAACCAACCGCAUCUUACUGGCUAAAUGGCUCGGCGACCUCGAAGACACCGACGCAGCCGACAUCAUGGCCAUGGGAUCCGAACACAUGACCUCCUCCGACUGGAUGCUCCUCGCGCUCAGCGGCAUCAGCGGCGCCAACGGCCCCGGUUCCUCCCCUUCCUCCGCCCAACACAAACUCGGCCGGGCGUAUGUCCGCCGCUUGCUCGAAAGCGGCGACGUCCACGCCGCAGCGACCAUCAUGGUCGGGUUGGGUGACCACAACGACGCGGUGGAGAUCUACGUCUCGCAUAAGAAACACAUGGAGGCGCUGCUGCUGACGUGUCUGUUUUUCCCGGCGGCGUGGGAGCGCCAGGAGCAGAUUGUGAAGAAAUGGGGUGAGUGGGCGGUGCAGCAUGGCCAGCAGCAGUUGGCGAUAAGGUGUUUUGCGUGUACCGGAAGGGAGUCGACGGAGCCGUGGACUUCGCCGAGUGCGCAGCAGUUGAGUUUUCCCAGUAUUGGGCAGGCUGUUCAUGCUGGUGGGAAUGCGGCUGUGAGUCCGGGGGCGGAAUUGGCCAGUCCGCCGCUGUCGCCGCCGGUGAUGAAUCAUGGGCCGCAGAGGAGUGUGGCGAAGAAUGCGUCGUUGAAGUUGAUUACUUCGUUUGGGGGGUCGGGACAAGGGCAGCAAGGGCUGGGAAAGAACAAGUUGUUGACGCAUGUCGACGAUGGCAAGACGCCGGUUGUGCGGACGGCGGUGGGUGGUUAUCACGAUGAUGACGAUGUUCGGGAUGAUGACAAUGACGACGACGCCGACCCGGCCACGGCCAUUCUCCGCGGGAACCGCAGCCAGUUUAAUACGCCCGCAUCAGCCCGGCCCGGCCAUGGGUUCGGCCGUCAGCGACUACCGUCAAUCGGUGAAGCGCCGGAUUCGGGCAACCGGGAUUUGUUGACGGCCAUUGCGCGGGAUGGUGAUCCGUAUGCGAACGCUUUCCAGUCGAUCGAUACGCAGAUGCAAGAAAACAGCCGCAACCUCGAACGCGCCCGGCCCAACACGGCCAGUCCGCGGUUGGUUAAGGAUAACCAUACCGGCCACAGCCAAAGAACCAGGAACCAUCCCCCGCCUUCCCCCUCGCCCGCUGCCAUCAGCGCCCUCAUGGACACGGCAGCCAACGCCCGACGCAACGGCUCGCGCAGCCGUAUUCCUACCGGUCUGGACCUGUCCCUGCCCGGGUUCAAGGACUCGCUGCCUGAGGGGGGGACCGUGACCUCCCCUGAACCGUCGGCUAACUCAUCGGUGCGGUACCACUGGCCGUCGCGACGACGCGGGCCUGGGUCGGUUGCCGGGUCGGUGGCGAGCUCGGUGAGUGUCGCGUCUAGUGCGCUGUCCGGGACGAGCAGUGUUAAGGGCCUCGAGAAGGACCAGGGGAAGAGUCUAGACGAUUACAUCCACAGCUUGGACGCCGCGACACAGCAGAGCAAGCGGUCACAACAACAACCCCGCGGCAGCAGCCGGGACGGACGCAGCACGACGACAGCCUCGACCGCCACACACACCCGUGAGAGCAGCCGCACCCGCAGGGAGAACAACGCCAGCCGGGGAGAAUCUCGUGGUCGCGCGGCCCAGCGGAGUUAUACCCCUGCUGGCGGCAAGCGGUCACCCAAGUCGCCCGUGCCGAUGUCGCCUGAGGAUUUGAUCAAUCUGGCUACGCCGCGGGAUGGGUACUCGGUUUCUGGGCAUUCUGUGUCGGGGCAUUCCGUCUCUGGUCGGCGGACACACAACACAUCUCGAUCACGGUCCCGCGCCCGAGGCACUAGCACCGGCCGAGCGACGAGCCGGACGCGGAGUACCGAUCGGGAAGCUCGCAAAGUCCCGCAGGCAUUGGACCUCCGCGCGGGAAAUAGGUCGCCUUCGUCUCCCCAGCCCAUGUCGGCUACCCAGGCACAGGGCCAGGGUCACUAUUAUGGGUCCGACGACGACGAGGACUACCGCCAGGCUGUCGAAGCGCAAGAACGGUUCCGGAGACGUAACAACCGGAGUACCAGCCGCGCAAGCCGGACCACCACUGCCACCAACACAACCACCGGCGAGACCCUCCGCGAAGGCCUGACCUCGCCCGUAUCAGUCCGAUCAACAUCAGCCUGGUCGACCAGAGAAACCGCCCGAGAGAAAAAAGACCGAGACCGCAAGAUCGGCGCGCCCCUGCCUACUCCAGCCCCCAUGCAGCUCGUCACCGACAGCGCCGGCGACCUGCGCGUCAUCAAGGACGAGCGCCAGCUCAAGAAGGAAGCGGCCGCGCGGGAGUUGGAAGCCAGGCGGAAGUCCCUUGCUCGGAGGCCGUCUGCGCCGCCCAUUAUGCAUCCUGAUGAGCUCAACCCUGGGACUGGAGGAGGAGGCCUGCCGACGCUGAUGGAACUCCCCAGCACCACAUAUGUGCCCCCGCGCAAGGAAGACCUGCCCUCGCGCAGUGCAAGCGUUGAUCCGAAUGCGGGUCGGAGCAUGUAUGCCAACCGUCCCGGGGGGUCGGGGCCGGCGUUGAUCGGACUGCCGGCCACGCCGCGGGCGAUGAGGCUUAUGUUGGAGAAGGGGGGGUCGGCGAAUGCUGGGCCUGUUCCGCCUAUCCCGGCUACUUUUGCCCAGGCUCCGGCGUCUCAGACUUUGACGCAUCAGACGCAGCUGCAAGCUUCACCAACCCGGUUGUCACCCACCUCUCGCUCUCCGCCCAUCCCCGAGGAGCAGCCUACUGAUAUCCCGCUGCUGCUGCCCUCGACGGUGUACACCCCGCCGCCGCGCAUGGCCGCCCAGAUCGGCCGAUCCAUGUCUGCGCCUCCUGUGGACCUCGUCCAGCCUGCACACCACUCACGUCGGCCGUCGGCUGCUAACAUCAAUGUUGUGCCCCCGCUGCCGCUUGCUCGGCGACCGUCACACGACGCGGCGUUCCCCUCGCGUCGGCCGUCCCAGGAUGCUGGAGUCAACCCGAACGCUAACAUGAUCCCUCCUCCUCCUCCUCCCCCGCCUCCACCUCCGCCUGCACACCCACCCAUGCUCAAAGAACUCCAGCAUCUUGCCCAACCGCCCCCGCCACCACCGGCUCCGCUCCCACAUCUCGCCGGGCCGAAACCGGUGGUGUACGGCGGGAGUUCGGGGACGAUUGAGAUUGUGAUGGACGAAGAGGGUGUCUCGCCGACUCAACAACACCACAACCAGUCCCAACAAAUCCCCCCUCAGCUGCAACAACUCUCCCAAGCGCAAUACCAACCCCAACCGCGCAUCCCAACCGCGAGCGAGGCCACAAGCCAAACCCAAGCCCAAUCCCACGCGCAGCAACAACAACACACCCGCGGCCGCAGCAGCGCCGACCAUUCUUUAGGUGCACGUAUCUCCCGCGCUACCGAACGGAUGCGUUCGGCCAGUAGGACGAGGGGGAGUGUGAGCAGUGGGGGGCAGGGACAGCAAACUCCGGGGCAAGGGCAGACUGGGCAGGCUGGGCAAGGGCAGAUGCUGGGACAAGGCCAGUACCGCGCGCAGAGCCAGAUGGUGCUGCAGCAGGUGCAGGCGCAGGUGGCGCAGCAGGAGGGGAGGAAUGAGUAUAGGACGGGGUUGCAUCGGAGUGAGAUGAUUUAG